UUGGUGUAAAGGUAUUAAGAUGUCGUGUAGGGACAUUGUGUAGAGACAGACUGAGCUCAGACGCUUCAGAGCAAAGAUGAAAUCGCUCUUUUUUAUUUUCCUGAUGGUGGUUGGUUGUGGUGUGGCUGUGGGUCUGACUAGAGAAUAUAUUUUUCUUCCAUAUCACUUUACUUGGUAUUCUGCUCAGACAUUCUGCAGACAAUACUACAGAGAUCUGGCCACCGUCACCUCUAAUGAUGAAAACAAACGACUUUUACAAUCAGGACUCAGUAAUUAUGACAGUUGGAUCGGGCUGUACAUGUCAUCCUCAGGCACCUGGACAUGGUCUGAUGGAGAUCCUUCUCUUUUUCGGAAAUGGAAUGAUGGAUCACCUUAUUUUCAAUACAAUAACACUUGUGCUUACACAUACUAUAAUGGACUCUGGUUGAAUGGCUACUCUGAGAAUGGAAAGACUUUCUACUGCUAUCGGUUCCUGAUCCUGGUGAAGGCGAAGAAGACCUGGCAAGAAGCUCAGGAUUUCUGCAAGACUAAUUACACUGGCUUGGCCUCUGUGACCUCCGAGUGGAGCCUGAGGCAGCUGAAUCUAGAGACGGUGGGGACGGAGACAGAGAGCGUGUGGACCGGCCUGCGCUUCAUGGAUGGACAAUGGGUCUGGGUGAGCGGGGAGCAGCUGGGGAGCCUGGUCUCAAUGCCUUCAUGCCAAGAUCCAUCUUCCUGCUGUGGAGCUCUCAACACCAUGACAAACACCUUGAAGAACCAGAACUGCAAUGAGAAGAUGAACUUCGUCUGCUACUUGAAGUGAUUUUACACAAGUACACAUCUCCCUCAGGAAGAUUAUACUGUAUACUGCAUCACACAUUGUUUUUUAGAUUUCUCUAUUAAUAUUUUAGUUUAAUAUUUAGCUGGGUUUUAGGUUCUAUAAAGAGGAACCGAACAGCUGAGGAUGUUAUUUGUUGGUGGGUCAGAGUUUAUAAUAAUGUAGAAAUUUACACACAUUAUACAGUUUAUAAGUGGUGGCAUCUUGUUGUGGGGAUUCCUUUCAUCAGCAUUAUUUUCUAAUUAUGUUAAUGGACCAUUUGUUUUUAGAUUUUUAGAUUUUGUUUUACAGGAAAAUAAAUACUAGUUUAAAUGUAAAAAUAUCCAACACAAAUUCUACUUUGCCUGUAUUCAGGUUUUGGGUAAACUGUAAAUAUUGUGAUUCUAAUAGCUAAAAAUGAUCUACAUUGGGGUAUAUCUCAUUUUCAACAUUAAUGCCCAAAUUUGAUUGUUUCUUAAUAGAUUAAUGGUGACUUUUCAGAAGACAACAUGAGCAUAAAAUGUAUGACAUCAUAAAUAUUGUCAGUGAAUGUCAUGUUUUUCUGAUUGCUUUAUAGAUUGUAUGUAUCUUUGACAUCCUAGUUCUUUAUUCCUGCUAUUUGUAACUAUUUAUUCCAUAAAAAAAAUCCUGCCAAGUUUAGGAAUCAAAUAAACAGUUCAUUGAGGAUGAAUUUGUUCAGACUGGUGAAAAACUUUUGUAUACAAAAC